AGCCGCAGCAUGACGAGUCCUCCUCGCCGGAAUAUACUCUUACUAUCGUUACCAAUUCAUUGCCAACGCUGAAUACCACCUAUUUUGUGAAUACCAGGUCUAUCCUCAUAGGCGUCGAAGACCGGGUCAUUGGUUGUUGCAUGCAUAUCGUGUGAAGGCCGUCGCCAGGAAUAUCAGGAAAAGCUGAACAAGGUUUAGAGAACGAUUCAACUAUCCUCCAUCAUGUCUUCUAUCAUCGGCCUCUUCAAACGGAACUAUACCGCGUUCUUCAGCCCGCCAAAAGUACUCAAGUCAACUAGCGAACAAGGCUCACAGAUUGCUCCGCUCAAGUUUGGGAUCUUAGGCGCCGCAGCUAUUGCUCCGGCAGCACUUAUCAAUCCUGCUCAAAGUCAUUCUGACGUCGUUGUAUAUGCUAUUGCUGCGCGAGACCCUAAACGUGCUGAGGCCUUUGCCGAAAAGUACGGAAUUGAGAAGUGGUAUGGAAAUUAUCAAGCCUUGUUGGAUGAUCCAGAAAUUGAUGCUGUAUACAAUCCGCUGCCAAAUGGGUUGCAUUAUGAAUGGACUAUGAAGGCCCUUGCAGCUGGAAAACAUGUUCUCCUCGAGAAGCCAAGUGGUGAUACAGCCGAGGAGACGAGGCGGAUGUUUGACCUUGCUGAGAAUAAAGGGCUCAUCCUCCUUGAAGCCUUUCAUUAUCGGUUCCACCCUGCCAUUCAAAGAGUCAAAGACAUAAUUAACAGCGGUGAACUUGGGAAAAUUAAACAUAUCAGCGCAUCUUUGGCUAUUCCCAAAGGCAUUAUUACUGGAAAUGACAUCAGAUUGGACUACAAUUUAGGAGGUGGGGCGAUGAUGGAUUGUGGCUGCUACCCGCUGAGCUGCCUUCGUUAUCUCACUUCUGCGAACCCAAUUUCCGUCAAUGACGCCAAGGCGACUGUCUACCGCAGAAACACGCUUAUUGACACGGGCAUGGCAGUGAAUUUGACCUUCCCUUCAGCCUCACCCUCUUCGUCACCUCCCGAAUCUCAGCCCGAGGAACCAGUAACAGCCACCCUCGUCGCAGACUUCGCUACUCCUUGGAUUUUAGGGGUUCUUCCGCGAAUGCCACGCAUAUUUGUACUUGCCGAAUGUGAGCAAGGAUCAGUGGAAAUGUUCAAUUUCGUUAUGCCCGUGAUAUAUCACUACAUCCAAAUUCGCCCACUACAAGGAAAAGCAAGGACAGAGAAAGUGUACUCGUUUCGUACAGCUACGCAUAAAGGUACCAGCGAAGACCAGAAUGAGAAGAAAGGCGAGGAAUGGUGGUCGACAUAUCGCUAUCAGCUCGAGGCUUUUGUGGACAAGGUACGGGGCCGUGAGCCACAGACAUGGGUAAGUAGGGAAGACUCGAUUGCAAAUAUGGAAUGGAUUGAAAAGAUUUACGAAAAGACUAAUCUCGGGGCUCGACCACAAUCCAACUUCCAACUUGAAUCAUCCGAAUGAAACUGAUUCGCACAAGUCCUUUCUUAAACCCAUUAUUGUGAAUUGUAUCUUGAUUAAGUGGAUCGUCAAACUAUACAAAAGCUGUGUCAAUACAUUUUUUGAAACGUUAAAUCUUUCCGUACCAGCGCGGCACUGGAAUCAUGCUGGCAUAUGUGGUUGGACUCCAGUCCAGC